AUGUCUCUCUUCCAACACUUCAUCACCGACGCUCAUCCACACCUGCCCAUUGGUAAUGAUGAUGUCUAUAGGCGAGCGCUUCCGGCGAUUACAUAUAAACAUGAAUAUGUGAUGCACGCCAUCCUUGCUCUUUCUUCCUCGCAUCUAGCACUUCUAACCGGAUCCGCCCUCUCUGUCGAGGCCUUGCAACAUCGCCAACGGGCGCUCCAAGGACUAAAUCAAGCAAUGUCCCAAGCGCCAGCCGAGGCCAGCGAUGCUGACGCGAUGUUGGCAGCUUGCUAUAUAUUGACCUUUCAGUCCUCGUACAUGCUUGACGGCCUUUCUGAUUAUAUCAUGAUGCUCCGAGGUUGCGGCUUAGUGACCGGAUUGAUGCUACAACGGAACAUGCUUGGAUCUUUCUCGAUCGACGCAUAUUCGCAUAUAAAACACAUGGAAGCACAAUUUGGCCGGUUCCCUACAAUCGAUAGUCGGAUUGCCUCGGACGGUAUUCGCUCACUGAGUCUUGUGAAACCUCUGUUACAGCAUCCAGUCGAAGAAAUCUUCUACCAGCUUUUAUUUGACGUCCUCGUUUCUCUCGAACAGGCGGCCUCCUGCGCGGCUUAUGUCCGUUUCACCAGCAUCAUCAACGAGUUUAUCACUUUGCCUCAAUCCGAGAUCCACUAUCUCCUCGAUCCCGAGAAUCAGAUUUCGCAGGUGUUGAUGGCUCAUUUUCUCGUCACACUGGCCAUCCUUUCCCCGAUAACGUCCUUUGAAGCAACCAGUCGACUUUGCAAUGUUCCAAUGGCGGGAAUGUUGUCCUGGGUUGCAAAUAUCUGUGUGCGGAUGUCUGGCAAAAAGGCCGAAGGAUACCUUACGUGGCCGAAGAGUGUGGUGGAAACAAUCCGUGCUAACACCAGCCGAACGGGUGUGUUGGUUGAUGACGUUCUGCCGACUGACCCGACAUUCUGGUCAGCUAGAUGGGCGCCACCGCCCCUGCGCCUUAUGGAGGCCGACUGCGAAGUGCCUGUGAUCGAUGCCGACAGCGGAAGACAGUUGCAAGACACCAGAGCUGAAGUUCGCCGAUUGGAAGAGGCCUUGAGAGCGGAGAGGGGUUCCCGUCAGAGUUCCAGUCCCAGUCUCCCUCAACCUUCCGGGCUCGUCAAUGAUCUCUUCGAUUCUCGUGGCUUCGACGUCACGUUGAAAGCUUUUCGGUGGCAUCUUGCCUACUGCACUCCUGGGUUUGCUGCCUCCAUACAAUCAGAUCCCGCCUUCGACCUCGAGGAGCUGCUCGACCGGGUGGCGGAUUCAUUCGACCUGCAGUUCCGCACAAAACCMGCCCGAGUAGUCUUGCCAAAAUGGCCUCCGCGCCGCCUGAUCGUGGCGUCGUUGGAGUACUUUUCGAGCAAUGGAUUGUAUUCAAUCCAUCCAAUAGUUGACAUUGAUGCACUGACCUGUCUACUUGACGCUUCCGACUUCGAUGAUUCCGGGAUUGGGACAAAUAUUGCCGAUCGUGCCUGUUAUGCGGCCUUGACCGCAAUGAUUACCAGGAUUCGUCGACAAGAGCCAGUAUUCGCUGAUGCAGAUCCUGAUGCUUAUGUGCAAGCAGUGCUUUCCGUGUUACCGCAGUUGAUGAUGGAACAUACUAACAUCCGAGCUCUGGAAGCUUUGAUUACCCUCGCACUCUAUAUCGCCCCUUUGGGUCAACCGCAGACAGCAGAAAUACUACUCGCUAUGGCCGUCCGGAUCCUCUUCAAUUUGGGGGCACACAAAGCUAGAGUGACUUAUGAAGAUACCGCCCAGAAGCAUCAGCAUCAGCAUUUGCGGGCUUUGUUCUGGACCUUUUACGCCGUGGACAAAGAAAUGUCGCUUCGAAAAUGUCAACCUCCGAUGAUCAAUGACGCUGACUGCGACUUGACUCUACCCGAUAAAUAUGUUGCACAAUCGUCCGAGCACCAGUUUUUCACGUCCGAGUUGUCACCCAAGGAACUUCUCUACCCCUCAGACCUUCGUCUGGCUAUGCUCAAAUCAAAGGUUUAUCAUUUGCUCUAUUCCGAGCAAAGCCUGAGCCACUCAAGAGCGAGACGACUUCAGCUCAUCCGCGAACUGGACCAGGAGUUGAAUGACCUGAAAUCCCAUUUCCCCGACGCUUGUAAACCCGAUGCCGUUGUGAGCGGAAACGUGCCAGAUUACCUCAUCCAUGAUCUCAGUUUACGGGGAGUGAAUGUGCAUCUCGAGUACUACCAUUGUCUUUCGAAGAUUCACGGUGCGAGCGCCAUCGGUACCCCGAUUCUGCAGAGUCUGUCUCCUCCAUCUACAAGUAUGGAGUUAUGCUAUCAGGCGGCACGAUCCACUUUGAUAUAUCUGCGUCGAAUUCGCCCUUUGAUCUUCCCUGAAACAUUCUGGAUAUACGCGCAAAUCCUUCUGACGUCGAGUAUUUCACUCUACAUGCGCAUACUUUCAGCUCCCAACCAGUGUGGAGUCAGUGAUGAUAUGCAGCUCCUAGAGAGCACAAUCGAUGUAUUUCACCAGCUGAAUUGUGUCGAACCAAGCCAGCGUUUUCCGCCCUUCGUUAUCAUUGAAGCUUUCAUCCAAAGAUUGACAUUGCUGGCCGAGCAAUCUCUGUCGAAUGCUGCAGACUAA